GAGCCGCCGAGCCGCGCGGGCCUCGGGCCUCGGGGGCGUCGCGGGCCCAAGAUGCUCCCCUGUGCCUCCUGCCUCCCGGGGUCUCGACUGCUUUGGGCGCUGCUGCUGUUGCUCUUGGGGGCAGCCUCACCCCAGGAUUCGGAGGAGCCGGACAGCUACACGGAAUGCACAGAUGGCUACGAGUGGGACCCUGACAGCCAGCACUGCCGGGAUGUCAACGAGUGCUUGACCAUCCCCGAGGCCUGCAAGGGGGAGAUGAAAUGCAUCAACCACUACGGGGGCUACUUGUGCCUGCCCCGCUCAGCUGCUGUCAUCAACGACCUGCAUGGCGAGGGGCCCCCACCACCGGUGCCCCCAGCUCAGCACCCCAACCCCUGCCCUCCAGGCUAUGAGCCUGAUGAGCAAGAGAGCUGUGUGGAUGUGGACGAGUGUGCCCAGGCCCUGCACGACUGCCGGCCCAGCCAGGAGUGCCACAACCUGCCCGGCUCCUACCAGUGCACCUGCCCCGACGGCUACAGGAAGAUCGGGCCCGAGUGUGUGGAUAUAGAUGAGUGUCGCUACCGCUACUGCCAGCACCGCUGCGUGAACCUGCCUGGCUCCUUCCGCUGCCAGUGCGAGCCCGGCUUCCAGCUGGGGCCCAACAACCGCUCCUGUGUGGAUGUGAACGAGUGUGACAUGGGGGCCCCGUGUGAGCAGCGUUGCUUCAACUCCUAUGGGACCUUUCUGUGUCGCUGCCACCAGGGCUACGAGCUGCACCGGGAUGGCUUCUCCUGCAGCGAUAUUGACGAGUGCAGCUACUCCAGUUACCUUUGCCAGUACCGCUGCGUCAACGAGCCCGGCCGCUUCUCCUGCCACUGUCCGCAGGGCUACCAGCUGCUGGCCACCCGCCUCUGCCAAGACAUUGACGAAUGCGAGUCGGGCGAGCACCAGUGCUCCGAGGCCCAAACCUGCGUCAACUUCCAUGGGGGCUACCGCUGCGUGGACACCAACCGCUGCGUGGAGCCCUAUGUCCAGGUGUCUGACAACCGCUGUCUCUGCCCGGCCUCCAACCCCCUGUGCCGGGAGCAGCCCUCGUCCAUCGUGCACCGCUACAUGAGCAUCACCUCCGAGCGGAGCGUGCCGGCCGACGUGUUCCAGAUCCAGGCCACCUCGGUCUACCCCGGCGCCUACAACGCCUUUCAGAUCCGCGCCGGAAACUCGCAGGAGGACUUCUACAUUAGGCAAAUCAACAACGUCAGCGCCAUGCUGGUCCUCGCCCGGCCGGUGACGGGCCCCCGGGAGUACGUGCUGGACCUCGAGAUGGUUACCAUGAACUCCCUCAUGAGCUACCGGGCCAGCUCCGUACUGAGACUCACCGUCUUCGUGGGGGCCUACACCUUCUGAGAAUGGGUGGGGGACCCGUCAGGGAGGGGGAGGUGCCCUGCAGCCCAGGAGCUUGGGGCUCAGGGAUGACUGUGUUCUGCUAAAAGGAAAGACGCUGUUGUGAAGGGUAGAGAGAAAGGCAAUAAAGGGAGAAAGAAGGAGUCCUGGUGGCUGAGGGGGGACACUGUAGUGAGCCCCAGACUGGGGAAGGGGCCUGCUUGCGGGAGGUAGGCCAAGUCCACUUAAAGGGGGGUAUUUUCUGCUCAGGCAGAAAGAGCCCAUGGAUGGGACCCAGUGGGGGUCACUCCCCAGGCCAAGGGUGUCAGAACUGCCCCACCAGGAAGAGGUCAUGAGGCUGUGGACUCCAGGCUUCCAAGCAAAAAUCUGGGCCUGGCUGGUUUGCAGGGGGGUCGGGAACAGCGCUUUACAGCUGCAGGGGUUCCUGGCUUCCAAUUCUCAGUUGGCAUCAAGCCAUCAAUUUGGACAAACCCUAGUAGCUUCCCAGGCCUCAUUUUGCCAUCCGUCACACAAGAUGGCUAGACUGUUAGUGCUUUUCAAACUUGUCUUUUCCAAGCUCUAGAAUGUCUUGUUAAAGGAAAUUUCUAUUUCCCCAGGGACCAUCUGAUGACAUAAAGUAGAUUCAAAGUUGCAAUGCCUCAGACUCCAUCUGCCUGGCGUCUCUGCUCCACCAGGGAACCCCAGGGUUCUGAGGUGCUCAGUUUAAAAUCUAAGGGAAAUGAUGGCCUCCCCCAAUCCUGUCUGGGAGUUUUAUACAGCCUCCAGGGCCUGGCGUCUCCACCAUGACACGCAGGCUGCGGACACCAAAAUUUUUAUUAUAUCCCAAAAGA